AUGGCCGGGUCGAGGCUUUCAACACAGUCUGCCUUGUCUGAGGCUAAAGAGAUGCUGGGUCCUGGAACGGAUACCACUUCCGCUACGCUUGCACAUAUCCUUUGGGCUCUUUCCCUCAGUAAAGAUCUACAAGAUGGGCUUAUUUCGGAACUAGAAAUAGCCAACUGGCCCACAGAUAUGGCGGCACUCGAGUCUCUUCCGCUGUUGGUUGCAUGUGUCAGAGAGGGGGGUCAGAUGGACUGGAGCCGCUGCUGCCAUGCUACCUAG